CCCGCCGCCUCCGCGCUCCGGUUUGGGUCAGGUCGCGAACGCAGGGGUUGGGCAGGAGGCGGCGCGGCUCCAAGGUGCUCGGAGGGCCGCGCCGGUCACUUUCUGUAGCCGCAUAUCUGCCAGCUUCCCUCGCGGCCCUUGGGGCGCUGUGCGGCUCCAGUCCCGGGCCGAAGCCGCCAGCCUCAGCGCCCGGAGGACAUGCGGGAGAGAGAAUGAGCCAGAGGGACACGCUGGUGCAUCUGUUUGCCGGAGGAUGUGGUGGUACCGUGGGAGCUAUUCUGACAUGUCCACUGGAAGUUGUGAAAACGCGGCUGCAGUCGUCUUCCCUGACGCUCUGUGUCUCUGAGGUUCAGCUGAGCACCAUGGCUGGGGCCAGUGUCAACCGAGUGGUGUCUCCCGGACCUCUCCAUUGCCUAAAGGUGAUCUUGGAAAAAGAAGGGCCUCGUUCCUUGUUUAGAGGAUUAGGCCCCAAUUUAGUGGGGGUAGCUCCUUCCAGAGCAAUAUACUUCGCUGCCUAUUCAAACUGCAAGGAAAAGUUGAAUGGUGUAUUUGACCCUGAUUCAACCCAGGUACACAUGAUUUCAGCUGCAAUGGCAGGUUUUACCGCAAUCACAGCAACCAACCCCAUUUGGCUUGUAAAGACUCGGUUACAGCUUGAUGCAAGGAACCGUGGCGAAAAGCAAAUGGGCGCUUUUGAAUGUGUUCGUAAAGUGUAUCAGGCAGAUGGACUUAGAGGAUUUUAUAGAGGCAUGUCUGCUUCGUAUGCUGGCAUAUCAGAGACUGUUAUCCAUUUUGUUAUUUAUGAGGGUAUUAAGCAAAAACUACUGGAAUAUAAGAUUGCUUCAACAAUGGAAAACGAUGAAGAGUCUGUAAGAGACGCAUCAGAUUUUGUGGGAAUGAUGCUGGCUGCUGCCACCUCGAAAACUUGUGCCACAAGUAUAGCAUAUCCACAUGAAGUUGUCAGGACAAGACUACGUGAAGAGGGAACAAAAUAUAGAUCUUUUUUUCAGACACUCUCUUUGGUUGUUCAAGAAGAAGGUUAUGGGUCUCUUUACCGUGGUCUAACAACUCAUCUGGUGAGACAGAUUCCCAACACAGCCAUUAUGAUGGCCACCUAUGAACUGGUGGUCUACCUACUCAAUGGAUAGCAGCGUCAGGCCACCAUGCCAUGAAGAGGGAAGACCAGAAGAUUACAGUGGACCAUGGAGCAUCGGAACCAGCAUGAUGGACAGCAGAGAACUGGUUUGGGAGCGUGUAACUAUGCCUGAGUGGAAGGAAGUCUGGUUGUCAGAAUUAAAGUAAUCAUAACCACAUUACUUGGUCUUUUCAGUAAUGUGAAUAAAACCUGGCUGCCUCCAAGAAAAGGCCUUUAGAAGCACUCCUUCCUCAAAAUUGCCAUUUUCUCUACCCGGUCCACAGGACACGGUUGCAUUUUGUUUAUUUGUGGCAGACAGAGUACAGUGUUUAUUCCAUGAAUACUUUUCCAGUCUUCUAAACAAAGCCAUCCUUCGUUAUAUUCUAUUUAUAAACCAUCCAAAGAUAGCACCAACAGUCACACAUUUUUAACUUUAGGAUUCUGUGUAAUUCUUAUAACAAAAAUAGCUCCUCAGUGUUAUUUUCACAUUUCCUUUAAAGAAUCUGGCCAGUACUUCAAAGUUAAUUAUUCGGCAUUAGUAGUCACUGUUUUUGACGACUAAUGAAAUAGUAUCUAAAUAUCAUGUAUAUUUUUUUCUUUAAAAUGUUUAGAUGCCCACUCUUAACAGGUGCUUGGAUUUUAGCCUAAUGUUGACACCUAAAUUGUUCAUUAAUAUAUCAAAUUCACAUGGUAAUAGUUUGGGACAAUAAACCAUUAAAAUACUGAUUUUAAAUCAGUAAAAUAGUGAUUUGAGACCAUUUCGGUAAGCGAGCAUAUCCUCAUAUUUUUCUAACUUUAUGAUAAAAGACAGCAAUCAUCCUUACAGUGAUUUAUUGGUUUUGAACUUGAAUUACCACGUGUCAUACCGAAGCAACAUUUUCAUAAAGUGGAAAAAAAUUUACUAGUUCUGAGACUUUCUCAUUUUGCUUUGACAUUAAGAAUUUGAACCUUUGAAAUAUUUUCAGAAGAUCUGUAUAGAUUCUAUUUAUUGUGUAGAGAAAAUGGUAAUUUUCAGCUUUGCCCUUACAAGUCUUUUUUUUAAGGCGACAUAAAUACCUGGGGGAGCACAAAGCAUUAUAGAAGAGGGCCCCCUGCUAUCUGAUUGAGCAGGUAAUGAUCCCAAUUGACUUAUAGUUUUGUAAAUGAACAUACUGCUUUUGCAAAGAAGUUUAUCUUAAUUUCUUUAAUGGUAAAUAAUAGAUUAAGUUAAUUCAGAUUAAGUGUGAUAACAGGAUAGAGCUUGUAACAUUUUGUUGUUGAGUUCAACUGCACAUUUUAAUACUUUAAAUGUAUUACAUGUAUGGCCCUUAAGAAGAUGUUGGCUGUAAUUCAGUUAGGAGACUUUAGCUUAUGGUUGUUGCUAUACUGGUGUAAGAAAAUGUCUACAAUUAAACUCCAUGUGGUACUCACUUCAGUAUACAUGAACUGUACAUUUUGUGCAAUGGCUUUAUCUUAAGAAUGAUUCUUUGUAAAUGCACUUUGUGGCCUUUGGGGAGGUGGGCACAGGUAGUAAGAGUAAGUAGGAGAGAAUUCCACAUUAUUUUUUUAAACAUUGAUCACGUAUUAGGCAGAAACAGUGUUCACAACAUUUUUCUGGGUUUUAGGAAUGUUGUUUUGGAGAUCUUUAAUGUAAAUGUUUUAAGUAUUUUGUGUACACUGUAGUGACCUGUCAUAGAAAAUUGUAGCAUGUCAUUGCAAGCUUUCUCUGCUGUCACUAGUGAAACACAGUGCCCUCCUAAACUCCUUCACCUUCUUAGCUUCCUUGUAAUCAACAGUAACUGGAUGUUUUUGAGGUGCUUUGAUUGGAAUUUAAAAUAUUCCAAUCUACUCGGAGACCAAAGGCAAAUUCAGUUUCAUUACCUUUGGGAUUAUUCAUAAUUUUUAUGGUAAAUUUUCAGCUUUGACAUUUAUUAUGAGGAACACGCCAAAAAAAAACCCCUACAAAAUGGGUUUCUAACUUAAAUCCGUAGAGAAAGUCUCCAUCUAUAGUGUUUACCUUUUCAGGUGCCACUCGUACUGCCUAACAUAGUGCCAUUUGCCUUGUGAAGAUUCAUAAAUACGAGUUGUAUCGAAGGUAGGACAGAGACUCUCCCUUAUCCUAAUGAACUUGGUUACCCCACAGAUGAUUAAGAAUGACGUGGAAACCAGCAGUUAAGGAACAUCUUAUUUACUUGUAGCAAAUUCAUUAACAAGUGUCCUUCAAGGAUGAACAUGUAUUCUAUUCCUGUCUGUAUUUGGCAAGUACAGCUUACUUUGACCUUUCCUGUAUUAUAUUCAUCUUUUAAGAGUAAGUUUUAUGUAUGUACUGGAAGGAAAUGAUCCUAGAGUCUUAAACUUCAAUUGUGUGCAGCAACUGGAAAGGAGCAAUGUCACUUAAUUGUCUGUUUUUCCCCCACAGCACAAGCAGCUGUAGUUUACUUUAUGUAUGACAGUGAUCAUUUUAAAAAGAAAACAAAAUUAUUUCUAAAAUUUGUCUUUGAACAUUUCUUUGAAGGUCGUGUUUUUAAUUGAUGCAGAUGUUUGAAAAGAAAAACAUGUACUUAAAACAUUGGACUUUAUAACAUUCUAUUUCAAACAUAGAGGUAGUCAGCAACCUUCAGGUGGGUAUGUAUCUUUAUUGUAGAAUCUUCUCAGAAAAUUAGACUGAACUUAAAGCAAUGGAUACUCAAAGAGCACAUGCUCCUGGAAGAACAGAAAGAACUCUGGUACCUGUGGCUUGGACAACAGUUUCCUAAAUUUCAUAGUCCAAGUCGGAGAAUUAGCAGCCCAGUGACUGUGGGCUGUCAGGCAGCGCUUUCAUCUAUUUAUUUUUGUAAUGUGUCUCUUCCGUUACCAUGUAAGGCCCUCAGACCCCCCCCCCCCCCC